GGUCCGUUAAAGACCGCAGGCGUCGUCGCUUCCGAGGCUUUUCCGAAGCCUCUUUGAGGAACCAUGAGUCAGAGGCAGGUCUUACAAGUCUUUGAGCAAUAUCAGAGAGCCCGAACACAGUUUGUCCAGACUGUUGCAGAACUUGCAACUAGGCCGCAAAAUAUUGAGACUCUCCAGGGAGCAGGUGUAAUGGCUCUGCUGAGGCCACUGCUCUUGGAUGUCGUUCCAAAUAUUCAGCAGACAGCUGCCUUGGCCCUGGGGAGACUUGCCAAUUAUAACGAUGACCUAGCAGAAGCCGUAGUUAAGGGCGAUAUUCUUCCACAGCUUGUGUAUUCAUUGGCUGAACAGAAUCGCUUCUACAAGAAAGCAGCUGCAUUUGUAUUACGAGCAGUUGGGAAACAUUCUCCUCAGCUGGCCCAGGCAAUUGUUGACUGUGGAGCACUUGAUACCCUGGUGAUCUGCUUGGAGGAUUUUGACCCUGGUGUAAAGGAAGCAGCAUCCUGGGCUCUUGGCUAUAUAGCAAGGCACAAUGCAGAACUGUCACAAGCUGUGGUCGAUGCUGGAGCCAUUCCUCUUUUAGUACUUUGUAUCCAGGAGCCAGAGAUUGCUUUGAGAAGGAUUGCUGCUUCUGCGCUCAGUGAUGUUGCAAAGCAUUCUCCAGAGUUAGCACAGACAGUGGUGGAUGCGGGGGCAAUUGCUCACUUGGCUCAGAUGAUCCUCAACCCUGAUGCCAAACUAAAGCGUCAGGUGCUAUCAGCUCUCAGCCAGAUAGCAAAACAUUCUGUGGAUCUGGCAGAAAUGGUGGUUGAAGCAGAAAUUUUCCCUGUUGUACUCACAUGCCUGAAGGACUCCGAUGAAUAUGUCAAGAAAAAUGCUGCAACUCUAAUUAGAGAGAUAGCAAGGCAUACGCCUGAGCUCUCACAACUUAUUGUGAAUGCAGGGGGAGUUGCUGCUGUUAUUGAUUGUAUUGGCAGCUGCAAAGGAAAUGUGAGACUUCCAGGUAUCAUGAUGUUGGGCUAUGUGGCUGCUCAUUCAGAGAAUUUGGCCAUGGCAGUGAUCAUUUCCAAGGGGGUUCCACAGCUUGCGGUGUGCUUGUCAGAAGAGCCAGAAGAUCAUAUUAAAGCAGCAGCUGCUUGGUCUUUGGGGCAGAUUGGAAGACACACUCCAGAACAUGCCCGGGCUGUUGCAGUAGCAAAUGUGUUACCUAUGUUGCUUUCCUUAUAUAUGGCAGCUGAAAGUUCAGAAGAUCUUCAAGUCAAAACUAAGAAGGCUUUGAAGAACAUCCUACAGAAGUGCACUUAUCUGCCAGCACUUGAACCCUUACUGCAUAACGCUCCUCCCAACAUCCUGAAGCAUGUAGUUGGCCAAUUCAGUAAGGUUCUGCCACAUGAUUCCAAGGCUCGACGCCUUUUUGUAACAAGUGGUGGCCUUAAAAAGGUGCAGGAGAUAAAAGCGGAGGCUGGGUCACUUCUUCAAGAAUAUAUCAACACAAUUAACAAUUGUUACCCAGAAGAAAUAGUCAGAUAUUAUUCCCCUGGAUAUUCUGAAGCACUUCUAGAAAGAGUGGAAAAUUAUCAACCAGUUCUAUAAACUCUUCAGCAUGUGUGAAAGAAGAAUUACUCUUUUUUUCUCUUUGUUACUGAGUAGCAAGCAAAUCUAGUUUGGAAAUUUUCUCUGGGAGAUUUUUAAAGCUUCUGUUCUGUUACUGAUCAGUUCUGACAGCAGAAAGACAUGCCUUAUCCACCUUUGCUUUGCCAUUUGAUUUCUGGAAAUUUGUGCUAACAACAAAGACUAUCACAGGUUAAGAAGUCAGCUGUGUUUUUUGGAUGUACUUGGAGACCUAAGAACAGAGGAAACAGCACUCUUCACUAUUUAUGGAUAUAUCUUCUUGCCUUUGGAGCAGUUUGUCAAAUCAAGUCCUUAGGUCAAAUGUGCAGUUCCUGCAGUUGAAAAUAUAAUUUUGUGAGAAGAUAGCAUCACUCUCCACUAGGCACUACAGCUGUUCAACCUCUCUUCAUUUUACCUGGGACUGCAGAAAUAUGACAUUAGUAACUUAUUUGAUACAAGUUGGAAUUGCCUCCAAGUGAGCAAAGAAGUGGCAAAUUAUUCCCCUGUGCCUUUACUUCUUGAUUGAUCUUUUCUAUGGUAUCCACCUCAGUACUUUCCUCCUCACAUCUUGAAAAAUGAAUGUGUGACUGUAAACUGAUGUGUGUUUGAUCUUUUAUCAUCCAGACUUUUUAGGGUGAAGUUUCAUGUGUUUGUAACAUUUUUAAGGAGUGGAUUUCUGGGAUACUGUUAUUGGAGUACCCAACUAUUUAUAAGAAUUUCUAAGUAGUUAAAAGAAAGCUGAAAGUAAGAGUUUCUAUAAAUUGUCCUUGAAAGUUUGCCAAUCAUUUUGGUUCCCACAGUUUCCUAGAGGGAGAGUUUAACAUAAAAAUUGCUCCUUGACAACUUCCCAGUUGCUCAGCAUGAUAGCAUUGGAUACUGCAAAAUAAAACUCUGCAUCCAGUGUUGAAGAGUGUUGAAGUAUUGUAUGACAUUUUAUUACACCUUCCAUUUAUCUUGUAUUGUUUUUUUCCCUUUGUCUGAAAGUCUGCCUAAACAACUAUAACAGAUAAAAGUUAAAGGAAGAGUGACUGUUAUUCCCAUCAGGCACUGCAUUCAAAUCUCUUGACAGACAUGCUUUGAUUCUCUUCACUUCGCUAAGCCUUGUAUAGUUUGCUUCAGUUGGAUCAAAUUCAUACUAAUCCCCAUACAGCAAGACCUUGUCUUACUUCUGAAAGAUGGGUGGGCUGUGCCCAGACAUGUAGGUGUGGAUCAUUUGUCAAUAGUGCUUUUGGUGGUAUUUGUCAUGACCUCCUUCUUUAGCUUUAACAGUUAAUGAUGAAGUGAUGGCCAUGCUAAUCUCUUGCAACAAAAACAAAACAGCUUGUGACACUUCAAACACUAGUGUGCCAUAUCUGGCAUGAAAUCACUCCAGCAGGUACAGAGUGCUGUCUCAGUUAACAGAUUAUUAUACAUGUGCUAGGGAACAAGAAAUUCUGGUCAGUGUAGUCCUUCUGUGGCAUUAAGCCAUGAGACAAUUCCCAAAGCUUUGGACGUUCAGACAUAAUCAAAAGGUUCAACUCUGCCUCCUUCAGGGUUUUUAAAAAAUGUACAGUAUAUUGAUUCUGUCUGUAUAUACAUAAAUAUGCAUAUAGAGACAUUUCAAUUCCCUCUGAAUCCGGUUGGUUAGCAUCCCCUAAUAAAAGCAUGUUUUUGAUUAACUGCUAACUGUAGUUGGCUGUGGCCCAUGCAGGGUCCUGAAAAAUGAAAUUUAUUAGCCCCAGUCCAAUUGUUAUUCUGAACUAGAGUAGACUCAUUGAAUGAACUGCUAAACUAUUGAAUGAACUCCCACACUAUUCAACACUAGUGAAUACCAUGGAUUCACUCUAGUGAGGGCAAGUAGUUGGAUUUAGGCCUUAACCUUUUAAGACUUUUUCUUGUCCUGAUACUGUGAGUUUCCUAUAACAAUAGGGAGUGGGGGUUAUUCUGUUCCUCAUAUCAUCAUUUGGUUCUCUCUCUAUUUCCUUCUGGUUUUUAGCAAAUGUAUUCUAUACUAUAAAAACUUGGAAAGUAAAUCCCUGAUAGCAGUGGGGGUUGGGUUGAAGGGAGAGGAGAUAGAAGAUCUCGUUCACUCCAAAAAUAUAUUAGGCUUGCAAAUAUCGAAGCUGAAAUUCUUUUUCCUUUCCAGCCUUCUGCAUUUCGCUUCUCUGGUCGCCUGCCAAGAUACAUAAUUCAUGCAUAAUAAUUUCAUAUAUCAUUCUGAACAACAGAGUUUAGAGAAAUAGACCCGGCCAACACCACUCAUCCAUGAUUCCAUGCCUCAGCUAGCUCAGGUGCUCCAGUGUGUCUUAUCCCUGAACAGGGCUAGCCAUCAUAUUCAAGGGGACAAAGAAAUGAUUCCUGUCGACAACACUAUCAGUUCUUGUUGAACUGAAUCAGUAGUUGCAUGCCUUGGCUGGGUGAGGCAUAUUCCAGCUACUUGAGCCUGAAGAGCUAUAGUGCUGAGAUUAUUUUAGUCAUUGCCAAGGGAGAGGCUCAAUCAGAUUUUAUUAGAAGGUAACAUGGUUUAUUUGCUUUUUGAAUAUUCUGCAUUUAUGUUCCACACAUAUAGAACUUUUAUAUGCUACUUUUGAACAACAUUUGAAAUGUAGAUGAUUCAUAAAAUUAAAACAUACUGUUAUGCAGCUCUCUUCUAUAGAAAUGUGGCUGUUGUGUUAGCUUAGUUUAUAGCUGUGAAGUAGCUAUAGCUACAGCUUUCUGAAUCCUGUCAGCAUAUGCCACACUAGAGAUAUUAUGGGUUUUGGAAAGGUAUGGGUAGAGUCACAAUCAGCACAUCAAAAUGAUGCUGUGGCAUAUAGGCAAGUAAGAGAAGGCUCCAUGCUACUACCAAGCUGAAAAACAGCUGUUGAUAGUGCUAUUAAACAAGA